AGCAUCUCCUGUGAGCUGUGUCCCCACACCAUGGCUGGCUCUGUGUCUGGGGGUCUCCCUGGCUGUGAUUCUGGGAGGACUACCCAGGUUCCUGGGUACAGCAAGGCCAGAGGAGGGUCUCCCAGGACACAGCCUGGGGGUGCAGCAAGGUGGGGUGGGGUCUCUCAGGGCUUGGUCCCAGGGCAACCCACAGUCCCCUUGGGCUGUGCAGAUGGAGGCUGCCAGCUGGAGGAACAGAACCUCUCUCAGUGGGCUGCAGGGCACCCUCCUGGGCUGGGGGCUCAGAGCCAGCCGGCCACAAACUCCUUCUCCCCCUGCCAUGCCUGUUCCCGUGGUCAUCAGGCCUGCAGCCAUGCCCGGCCCCCAGGCCUCAUUCGGCUGCUGGGUGGGCGGGCGAGAGAGGAGACUGAGUUCAGGGGUGGAGGCAGCCCGGCUGCCGGCUGUGGGAGUGAGGCCUGCCUGCCCCCCUGGAAGAAGGUGGGCAAGGAGGCUGUGGGGAUAGCACCCAGGAUGGCCUGGCCCCUGCCCUGGCUGGGCACCCUGCUGUGGCUGGAGAGCACUAUGGCAGCCUUGGACGGAGAGGGGCCUGUGUACCCCACAGAGAACGUCAGCCAGACCCUGGACAGCCUGCUGCAAGGUUAUGACAACCGGCUACGACCUGGCUUCGGGGGUGCUGUCACAGAGGUCAAGACGGACAUUUAUGUGACCAGCUUUGGACCCGUGUCGGACGUGGAGAUGGAAUACACCAUGGACGUCUUCUUCCGCCAGACCUGGACAGACGAGAGGCUGAGGUUUGGGGGCCCCAUGCAGAUCCUGAGCCUGAACAGCCUGAUGGUCAGCAGGAUCUGGACGCCUGACACCUUCUUCAGGAACGGGAAGAAGUCCAUCACUCACAACAUGACCACCCCCAACAAGCUCUUCAGGAUCAUGCAGAAUGGGACCAUCCUCUACACCAUGAGGCUGACCAUCAAUGCAGACUGCCCCAUGCGGCUGGUGAACUUCCCCAUGGAUGGCCAUGCAUGCCCGCUCAAGUUUGGGAGCUACGCGUACCCCAGAAGUGAGGUCGUCUACACUUGGAAGAAAGGGCCCCUGCACUCUGUGGAAGUCCCAGAGGGAUCAUCCAGCCUCCUGCAGUAUGACCUGGUCGGACAGACAGUAUCAAGUGAGACCAUCAAGUCUAACACAGGGGAGUACAUCACGAUGGCGGUGCACUUCCGCCUGCAGAGGAAGUUGGGCUACUUCAUGAUCCAGAUCUACACGCCCUGCAUCAUGACCGUGGUUCUGUCCCAGGUGUCCUUCUGGAUCAAUAAGGAGUCCGUCCCUGCCAGGACCGUCUUUGGAAUCUCCACAGCCCUCACCUCCUCUGUCAUCAGGCAUCACCACAGCCCUCACCGUCUCUCCUCAGGCAUCACCACAGUGCUGACCAUGACCACGCUGAGCAUCAGUGCCCGGCACUCCCUCCCCAAAGUGUCGUACGCCACGGCCAUGGACUGGUUCAUCGCCGUCUGCUUUGCCUUCGUCUUCUCCGCGCUCAUCGAGUUUGCCGCCGUCAACUACUUCACCAACAUCCAGGCUCAGAGGGCCCAGCGCCAGCCCCUGCCACCCCCACCACCACCGCCUACUGUGUCUGUGGCCCCGGAGUGCCUGGGAGCGGGCAUUGUGCUGCUCCCAGAGUCCGGCUGUCAGCUGAAGAGGAGGCUAGCCCCACUGGCCCUGCCUGUGGCGCCCGUUCAUGAAGCCUGCCGGGUGCUGGCCCGAACCCCCAGCAUGGACGUCUCCCCUGCCUCCCUGGGCUCCCUGGGCUCCCCAGCCUCCCCAGGUGGCUCCAGCAAGAUUGACCAGUACUCAAGGGUCCUGUUUCCGGUAGCAUUUGCGGCCUUCAACCUGGUCUACUGGGUGGUCUACCUGGCCCGGGACCCCGCAGGGGGGCAGCACACCCUGUAGCCACAGGACCCCACCCAUGAGGCCCCCCGCACAUGAGACCCUCACCUAAGGAACCCCACCCUACCCCCAGGGGACACCUUAGCCCCAUGGGACCCUUACCCCUAUGGGACCCCUUACCCCCAGGGGACCCCUUACCCUCAUAGGACCUCCACCCUGCAAUAUAUUCCACCACCAGGCCCCCCCACCAACCCCACUGAGACAGACAGGGCUGGUGAGGCAGGCAGGGAGGCCUGUAUCCUCAGGAGACCCCUGCCAGAUUCCCUGAUGGAGGAGGUGACACUCAGGGAGCUGCAGAGAUGGCCACAUGCCCAAAUGAGCAAGAGUCCACUAGCCUGAGAGGAUCAUGUGGGGAGCUGACGAGGACCCAGGCACAGUGUGUGAGGGUCACCUGGACAGAGAGGGGAUGCAGCCCUCUGUGGGGACCCAGACACAGUGUGUGAGGGCCACCUGGACAGAGAGGGGAUGCAGCCCUCUGUGGGGGCCCCAGGCACAGUGCGUGAGGGCCACCUGGACAGAGAGGGGACGCAGCCCUCUGUGGGGACCCCGGGCACAGCAUGUGAGGGCCACCUGGACAGAGAGGGGAUGCAGCCCUCUGUGGGGAUCCAGACACAGUGCGUGAG